AAACUCCCUCAGCCAGGUGACUGGUGAAGAACAACACAACCACCUUCAAGACAGCACAACGUCACGCUUUAGCUAGGCUCGCAGCAACAACCCAAAAGGAAUUAUUGUUACACUUAAACUAAAUAUAGCCGCAUUUCAGAGUCAAUUUUCCGCUUCCGUGUAGCUUGCUAUAGCGGAGCGUGGAUAUCCAUGACACGGGCUUGUGACGUUCAUAAACCAAACACAAGAAGACCGCAGUAGUGGGACGUCGACUCUACAGUUUUAUUUUUUGUACCGGUAACGACGGUCAGUGUCGGUCAACAUGUCGGAGGCGACCGGGGAAAUGAAGCAGGCGAGCAAAGAGGUGAAAGAAAGCGAAAACGUCGCGGAGAAAUAUUCUGCCCUGACCGUGAGCAAGAACACCGAAAUGAACAUGGAAGAGCUCUCGUCCGCCUUUAGCGCGGUGCCUACCCACAAGCCGGUUAAGAAGCAAAUCCAGUUUGUGGAAGACAAGCAGGAGUUCAGCAGGUUCCCCACCAAAGCAGGCCGCCGUUCGCUGUCCCGCUCCAUCUCCCAGUCGUCCACGGACAGCUACAGCUCCGCCGCGUCUUACACCGACAGCUCGGACGACGAGACUUCCCCGCGGGACAAAACGCAGGUCAACUCCAAGGGCAGCAGCGACUUCUGCGUCAAGAACAUUAAACAAGCCGAGUUCGGGAGACGGGAGAUCGAGAUAGCGGAACAAGACAUGUCGGCGCUGCUGGCUCUCCGGAAGAGAGCGCAGAGUGAGAAACCGUUGGCAGGCGCCAAAAUUGUGGGCUGCACGCACAUCACCGCACAGACGGCGGUGCUGAUCGAGACUCUGGUGGCUCUCGGCGCACAGUGCCGCUGGACCGCCUGCAACAUUUACUCCACGCAGAACGAAGUGGCCGCUGCCCUGUCAGAGAUAGGUGUGGCUGUGUUCGCCUGGAAGGGGGAGUCUGAGGACGACUUCUGGUGGUGCAUCGAUCGCUGUGUCAACAACGAGGGAUGGCAGCCCAACAUGAUCCUGGAUGACGGAGGUGACCUGACGCACUGGAUGUACAAGAAAUACCCAAAUGUAUUCAAGAAGAUCCGAGGCAUCGUCGAGGAGAGCGUCACCGGGGUUCACAGGUUGUAUCAGCUCUCCAAAGCGGGCAAACUAUGCGUGCCGGCCAUGAACGUCAACGAUUCUGUCACAAAGCAGAAGUUUGACAACCUGUACUGCUGCAGAGAAUCCAUCUUGGACGGCUUGAAGAGAACCACAGAUGUCAUGUUUGGAGGCAAACAGGUGGUGGUGUGCGGCUACGGCGAGGUUGGGAAAGGUUGUUGCGCCGCGCUGAAAGCUCUGGGCGCCAUCGUCUACAUUACUGAGAUUGACCCCAUUUGUGCGCUACAAGCAUGCAUGGACGGAUUCAGGGUGGUGAAGCUGAACGAGGUCAUCCGCCAGGUUGAUAUCAUCAUCACGUGCACUGGAAACAAGAACGUGGUCACCAGGGACCAGCUGGACCGCAUGAAAAACGGCUCCAUUGUGUGCAACAUGGGUCACUCCAACACGGAGAUCGAUGUGGCAAGCCUUCGCACGCCCGAGCUGACUUGGGAGAGAGUGCGCUCCCAAGUGGAUCAUGUCAUUUGGCCUGACGGCAAGAGAGUCAUCCUGCUGGCUGAGGGACGUCUCCUCAACCUCAGCUGCUCUACCGUUCCCACCUUUGUCCUGUCCAUCACAGCAACCACCCAGGCCCUGGCCAUGAUCGAGCUGUACAACGCCCCCGAGGGACGAUACAAGCAGGACGUUUAUCUGCUUCCCAAGAAAAUGGACGAAUACGUGGCUAGCCUACAUCUGGCAACCUUUGACGCCCACCUGACCGAGCUCAGCGAUGAGCAGGCGAAAUAUUUGGGCCUCAAUAAGAACGGUCCUUUUAAACCCAACUACUACAGAUAUUAGUCUGCAAUAAGCCACGCCCACGUGUAGAGGACCACCACGUGUUGAGGACACAUCGGUGUAUCUCCUACUUGCUGUUCUUCUACUUAGCGUACGAGUGUGUCACAGUUCUAUUAGUCCGCCGUCGUCGCUACCACAACCAAUACACAAUCCCGUGUACUGCGUCCAUAUCAGCCAGCCACUUGGCAUACUUUUUGCAUCCAUAUCUUUUCCGAUGAUGUGCCAAAUAAGUGGAAGGGAAGGGUUUGGGAUUUUACAAUAUGUGGAUUCUCUUUGGUUUUACGCGACAAAAAUAAUCAAUUUUCUGGGAUGUGAAGCCAUCUUUCAAAACGUGACCGGACUUUACUCAUUUUAAAACGACUGAAUGGUUAAAAGUGAUGUGGACCAAACUGAUGCUUCUAAAUGAGCCAUAAAAUCAUUAAUUAAUUAAUUAAUUUAUUUUAUUAUUUUUUUAUUAUUUUUCAUUAUUUUUAUUUUUUGUAUUUGGAUUUUUUUCCUCCCCAAAUUUUACUCGUUAUUACACUUGUGGAUUUUUUGGUCCAAUUUUUUUAAAUUCUAUUUUUUAAUUAAAAAAAAAUAAUUUUAAUUUUUAAUUUUUUUAAAAUUUAUUUUUUUUCAAUUUUUAUGUUUUCCUCCAAAGAUUUUACUCAUGAUUAAAAAAAAUUCCUGUCCUGGUAGAAUUUUUUUGGUCCAAAAAUUUUUUCUUUUAAUUAGAUUUUUUUCAUUUUGAAAUUCCUAUAAAUUUAUUUUUUAGUCUUUUUUUUUCCCUACAAAAAUAGGCCUGUUUUUCCUGCAAAAAAAAUGAGUCUGCAAUAAUUCAUAAGUGUGUGAUAAUACAGGUAAAAUGUACAACGUGACUUGACGUGACGUCAGUGCAAGAUGGUGACUCAUCUCCUGUGUGAGGGGGGGAAAAAAGUAAAAAAAAAAAAAUUAUUUUUAAUAAAAAUGAACAUUUUUGUAGGCGUCUCUAGUACUCACAGUUUGCCAUUAACCCCAGCAAAGGGUGUGGAUCUACUAUAUUUUAUUAUUAAUUAUUAUACUAAUCACAUGUGUUAACUUAUUAUUAAAUUAAAUCAAUUGUUACUAAUUAAUACUGUAUUAAUUUGCUGGCCCUGUAAACUGAAUACAUUCCAAUGACGAGCUAGAGCAGGGGUGUCCAAACAUUUUUCAUAGAGGGCCACAUACUGAAAAAUGAUUUUUUUUUUUAUAUUUUGACUUUAUAUAGUAUAUUAUAUAUAUAUAAUAUUUAGACUUUAUUCCCGUACUUUUUUUUUACUUUAUUCUUAUAUUAUUAUGACUUUAUUCUCAUAAUGUUUUACUUAAUUCCUGUAAUAUUUUGACUUUAAUCUCAGAAUAUUUUGACUCUAUUCUCAUCAUAUUUUGACUUUAUUCUCAUCAUAUUUUGACUUUAUUUCUCAUCAUAUUUUGACUUUAUGCUCAUCAUAUUUUGACUUUAUUCUCAUCAUAUUUUGACUUUGUUCUCAAAAUAUUUUGACUUUAAUUUCAUGAUAUUUUGACUUUAUUCCUGUAAUAUUUUGACUUUAUGCUCAUCAUAUUUUGACUUUAUUCUCAAAAUAUUUUGACUUUAUUCUCAAAAUAUUUUGACUUUAUUCCCGUAAUAUUUUGACUUUAAUGUCAUGAUAUUUUGACUUUAUUCCCGUAAUAUUUUGACUUUAUGCUCAUCAUAUUUUGACUUUAUUCACGUAAUAUUUUCACUGUAUUCCCGUAAUAUUUUGACUUUAUUCUCAUCAUAUUUUGACUUUAUUCUUGCAAUGUCAUGACUUUUUCCUAUCAACCAAAUUUUCCUUUUGCCUUGUUUGAUUCUCAUAAUAUUACCACUUUUCAAAACAACAUAUUUUUUAUUUAAUAUUUCACCUAUAUGCUAUUAAAAGGACAUUAUUUUUCUUCAUGAGAUUAUGAGUUUAUUCUGGUAAAAUUGUGGCUUUUUUUCCUCAUGAAAACAAUUUUUUUUUUACUUUAUUCUCAUUUUUUCGUUUCCAACCAUUUCAACUUUCUCCUAGCAAAUUGUUUUCUCGUAGAUAUGAUCUCCAAAACAUUUUGAUUUUAUAUUUGUACCAUAACUUUUUCCACAACCAAAUUUUCCAAAAAAAAAGAACUUCAUUCAUUGUUUUAUUUGUUUCACUUAAUAUUUUUUGAUUUUGAAAAAAUAACAUCCAUUCAUUUUCUAUGCCACUGAUCCUAUAAAUAAAUUGUUUUCAUUGAAAUUUUCAAUUUUAUGGUACUUAAAUUGUGUUUUUAUUUUUUAGUCUCGUAAAAUUACAACAUUACAAAAUUACAAUUUUAAUAUUUGUAAUAUCUUUUUGUAAAAUUACUGCAAAUAUGUUAAUUUUGCUGUGUUUUUUUUUAGUUUUAUUAUUAAAUUCUAUUUUUAAAUUGUGCUACAAACACACUUUGGACACCCCUGAACUAGUGAGCGCUCCGACUCGUCUCUGCUGACGCCAAUGGGGUGAAUUUCCGACAAAGUGCGAUAUAGCAGUCAUGGAUCCACCUCAGGGUAUUCGGAUUUCAGCAUUGAUGUCAUUUUUGUUUUGUUUUUUUUCGCAAAAAAACACAACACAACACAGGCUUGUUAUUCGUGCAAUUAAUAUUAAUUAUUUUCACUUGUACUUGGGGUUUAAUGAAGGAGUACAUAUUGCAAUAUCUGCAGAAUACUGCCUUGGCUUAGAAGACAAUUUCAUCACCUUUAGCAUACGUGUAUUGAAAAAUAGCAUACAAGCCAAAGGUACACAAGGACACCGUUGUCACUGUAACCAUGGUUACUGGCCAGUUUUACAGUGCCUUGUGAAUCACUUAGUACAGUUUGUAUCAGCAAGUGCAUGCGUGUGUGUGCUUUUUUUCUCCGUUGUGAAUCCGCUAUGCAUUUUUCUUCUGUCCAAAGUAUUUGAUUGGUGGAGAGUCGUUACUAUUUUAUUCUCUUGACUA